AUGAGGACCUGGUGGCUUUUGCUCGCCAUUGGGAUCUGCGCAGUGGCCAUAAACUCGCAGGACACGUGCCGGCAAGGGCACUCUGGCAUCCCUGGAAACCCUGGUCACAAUGGCCUGCCAGGAAGAGAUGGACGAGAUGGAGCCAAGGGGGACAAGGGAGAUGCAGGAGACCCAGGACGUCCCGGAAGCCCAGGGAGGGACGGAACCAGUGGACAGAAGGGAGACCGAGGAGCAGAUGGAAACGUGGAAUCAAAGGGCAUCAAGGGUGACCCAGGCUCGAGAGGGUCCCCUGGGAAGCAUGGUCCCAAGGGACUGGUCGGACCCAUGGGAGAGAAAGGUCUUCAGGGAGAGCCUGGCCCUCAGGGGCCCAAGGGGGACAAAGGGGACGUGGGCCUCACGGGUCCUCAGGGCCUCCGGGGCCACACUGGGCUUCAGGGUCCCGUGGGGGUUCCUGGCCCCGAGGGCCCCCCUGGAAAGCCUGGUCCCAAGGGAGAAGCAGGACCCGUGGGGCCCCAGGGAGAGCCCGGAGUCCGGGGAAUACGAGGCUGGAAAGGAGACCGGGGCGAGAAGGGGAAAGUCGGGGAGACGCCGAUGCUGCCCAAGAGCGCGUUCACGGUGGGCCUCACAGUGCUGAGCAAAUUCCCCCCGUCCGAUGCCCCCAUCAAGUUCGACAAGAUCCUGUACAACGAGUUCAGCCACUACGACGUGGCCACGGGCAAGUUCACCUGCCACGUGGCCGGGGUGUACUUCUUCACGUACCACAUCACCGUGUUCUCCAGGAACAUCCAGGUGUCCCUGGUCAGAAACGGGGUGAAAGUCCUGCACACCAAGGAUGGCUACAUGAGCUCCGAGGACCAGGCCGCGGGGGGCGUGGUGCUCAAGCUCAGGCUGGGGGACGAAGUGUGGCUGCAGGUGGCAGGUGGCGAGCGGUUCAAUGGCCUGUUCGCCGACGAGGAUGAUGACACCACGUUCACUGGCUUCCUCCUGUUCGGAGACCCCAGCGCCGACACCACCACCUUGCCUCCAGCUCCGGGAAGCCUUCGCAGGAGUGAUGAGCCUUGGCCCAACCCCGCGCGCGUCACUGGAUGCUUAGUGUCAGCUUCUCCCUGCCGUCCUGCUCCUGCCAAUGAGUGUGACAAUUGCUGCGAGAAGGUGACCGUCCCCAUGAGACCAGGGAUUGUGGUUUAUAUGGUGGUAUUAGAUGCCUUUGGGAAGUAUAAGAUGUACUGCAGCUUCAGCCUGGGCCGUGGUGCCCCCGAGGGAUUUCAUGUCGCACAGGAGAAAGCCUUGAGAGCCACGGAGGUGCUGGUGGAGCAAGCAUGCAGCACCCCGCCUGGGCCCCAGACUGUGCGCAUCUUCGAUGAGCUCUCGGAUGCCCUGUGCAGAGUGGCUGACCUGGUAAGACGUGUCAUCUGCGGCUUGCAAUGA